AUGGCGCUGCCUUAUGUGGAAAUCGAGCUCCGCUUUGCUCUCAAGGGAGACGCUUCCAGCAGCAGCAGCAGCAGCAGCAGCAGCAGCAGCAGCAGCAAGAUCUACGUAGCUGAUGUGAGCGGCGCUGCAGCAGCAGCUGACUUGGGCGACGCCGCCCCGUUUGUCUGCCGCCUUUAUCAGCUGCUGCAGCAGCAGCAGCAGCAGAAACAGCAGCAGCAGCAGCAGCAGCAGCAGCAGCAGCAGCAGCAGCAGCACGACAAUGUGUACAGGGCCGCGGUGUACGGACAGCUCGACGAGGUCACCGACUUCCUUCGGGAGAAGGUGGACCUCUUCUUAGUCAUAACUGAGCAGCAGCAGCAGCAGCAGCAGCAGCAGCAGCAGCAGAAUGAGCAGCAGCAGCAGCAGCAGCAGAAGGAAGACCGCUACGUGGCUUUUGCAGUACGCGAGGUCAUCGAGAGCAACCAGCAGCAGCAGCUGCUCCAGCAACUGCAGCAGCUGCACCAGCUGCAGCAGCUGCAGCAGCUGCAGCAGCAACAAGGGCAGCAGCAGCUGCUUCCUGCUGCUGCUGCUGCUGCAGCAAGCAGCGCUUCGUAUGCUGCUGACCUAGACCCUGCUGAUGGCGGCCCGCAGCUGUCUAUUCAACUUACGCUGCGGCAGCACUUCCAGCAGCAGCAGCAGCAGCAGCAGCAGCAGCAGCAGCAGCAGCAGCAGCAGACUAGCCGCAGCAAAAGGUGUUUCUUCCUGUCAUUUCAGCGCCAAGGCCCUCCAGAAGGAAGUAAUUACCUUCACAGAGAUUCCCUGAGGGUUUAG